AAGCCACCGACUUUCUUCCCCCUUGAAAAGCCGGUGAGAUCUUGAUGAAAUUCCUUCCUUUUCUUGUUGAAUCACAAGAUUUAGGACCUAGAAUCUUCCCUCUCAACCCAGAAAAAUCCCGGUUCUGCUCUGCUCUUCUCCCCUGCAGCCGGCAAGAGCCCCAGCUACCGCCACCCAUUUCCAGCCAGGAACACCGGCCAACCUUGGGGAUUUCUCCCUAUUUUCUUGUUCUAGAACAGCCAUUAAACCCAGAAUUUCCAGAUCUGUUCUGUUUUGCGUCUUCCUCCCUUUGUUGUCCGCCGGCUGCUAUGUGGGUGUGAGGUUUUUGGGAUUUUUCUGCCGUGAGUCCCCUGCAGAAAAUUCCCGCCGGCCUCUUCCCCCCUGCAGCUUCGGUUCUUGCUGGAAAAUUCUGGUUUUGCUCGUUCUGUCACCGUAGCACUUGGGUUAGCCUUCUGUUCUGUGUGAGUGAGGUAAGUAAAUUAUGGUAAAGCCCUUCGAUUUUAAAGUAUGUUUUAAUUGUUUUUGAGAUGGUGGCAAGGUUUAAAUUGAUUUUAAAUUGAUUUUAUCAGCAUCUGAAUGUGAUUAAACUGAAAUGGAAAUUGUGAUGGUUUUCAUGAGAAUUUCAUUGUUUUUCUGGAGUUAUUGCACCGAGCAUGAUUGGUUUGAAAUGAAACUAUUUUCAUUGGUGUUGAGUACAGCAUGCCUAUUUGGAAUUGACUGAACUGUUUUGAUGAACUGAGAGUUUGUAAAUUUUGAGUUUUCUGAUAAAUCCAUGCCCACAUGGAAUUUUUCUGGUUAUUUCUGAAAUUGGGAUUGAUUGUGAAAUCCGAGUUUUUCUGUAAACUCUGCAUGGUUUUGUCUCGGAUAUAGUCAUGAUUAGAGUUUUAUAAACGCUAGCACAUGUCGACAUGUUUACUGAUAUGACCGGUCCAUUCUGUAACCCUACCAAUGGGGUUAAACAUUGGUAAUUACUAUUGCUUGCCAGUGGGAGUUGUAAACACUAGUACCAUUACUGACGCCUGCCAGUGGGAGUUGUUAAACACUGGCACUUCUGUAACCUUGCCUAUGGGGUUAAACAUUGGCAACUACUGUGCCCGUCAGUGGGAGGUUUAUAAACGUUGGCCAUGACUUAUAGAUGAGACUAUUGAACUGAGUUUUCUUUUGCAUUGACGGUUUGUCAUGAAACGUUUUGUUAUUGAACUGAAUCUGAUUUUGCAUUGACGAGUUGUCAUUGAAUGCUUUGCAAUUAAACUGAAUCUGAUUUUGUCACUGAGCAUUUUGGUUAUAUUAAACUGUCUAUCUAGCGUGCUUAAAAGUUUUACCCAAGGGCUAUCCAUAUUUACUUACUGAGAUAUUUUAUCUCAUAGUUUUCCUUGUCCACCAUUUCAGGAAGCGAUACCGAGGACGGGGAAACCGAGGGGAGUGACGAGUUAGAAGGGUAGCUAUUUCGAGAUUGGUAUAGAUUUAGAAAUAAAUCAUGCUCUUGUAAGCUAGAGUGUAUUUGGAGAUUUUAUGAUAUCAGAGCAGAUGGUAAAAUUUUAUCUUGAAAUUUUGUGGUAUUAGAUUGUGAUUUGAAUAAGUUUCGAGCCUUUUGCACUUGUGGGACUCGUCUAAUGAGUGCACGGCGUCUGUCGCGUCCCUGGAUUUGAGUUCUGGGGCGUGACAAUGAAAAUGAACCAUUCUACAUUUUGACCAGUCAAGUGCUGAAUCGAUCCCAGUGAUGUUAUAGUGAUUUAUUCAAAUAAUUCUUUUCAAUAACUUCCAACAGAAAAGUUAUUACAUUUAUCUUCUAGGAGUUUUGCAAAUUCACUUCUAGCUCUGGAAUUGGUUUCCAUUUUAUACAAGGAAAAAAAAAGACUUUCAACCUUCUCUUUUAAUCUGUAUCAUUUUCGUCCUAAUAACUUUCUUUUUCUGUA